AUGGCGCGAGAACUUUUCUGGCUCUGUGCUUUUGUGAGCAUUUUGUGUUGUUUUGCCGAAGGAAUUGGGGAUGCAAGGCGUUUGCCAAUCCUCGUGGGAGUCUUGAAUUCAGGAAUGAGUUCCAGUGUUGGAAGUCAGUGUCGAGAAGAUGUGCAAGUGGCCGUCAAAAGCAUUGUUCAGCGCGAUAUUUGGUCAUUGAAAAUGCUGGAUUCGAGUGGAGAUUUUGAGCCGAAUUUCAUGUUUCAAAAUGUCUUUUGGCUGGGCUCCCGAGACUUCUGCCACGGCAUCAAUGCUCCUCUGCCCGUGUACCUCGAGCAGAGGACGAGGGAGGCGGAAAGGAUCAUCAAUGACGUGCCGCCCUUUGGCCUUGAGUAUCGAUUACUCUAUGGCGACAUCAGAUCUCCGCAUCAGAUCCACUAUGAGAAGAUCAUCACGACCGUCCUGCACUUGGGCCUGUGUGUCCCGAAGACUUGCUCUGAUGAAGACGUUCUCCGGAUGAGUCAGAUGUACUUUGACGAGCAUCGCGUGAAUCCCAUUUUCGAGAUGACAGUGAAUUUCACGCACGCGAGGAACGUGCAAUUCGGCUGGAAUGUCUACACCGACUGGAUCUUCAUGCUAACGCUGGGAAUCAUCAUUGCAAUUGUCCUGGCGCACGUUGUCAGCAGUAAAGUGAGUCCUGCGAGUCUUCUGCGUCACUUCAACAUGAGAGAGAACUUCAGGAGUCUCAUGUCGAGCACAGUGGAUCCCAAGAUUGUCUAUUCUCUGAACUUUUACCGCACUAUCUGCAGUCUGUGGGUCACAAUGGCUCAUGUCUACCUCUUCGGCUACGUCAUGGUCGAAUCCGUACCGCUGAACGGUUGGCGAUCGAAGCUGUUCUACAUCAAGCUUUUCUAUCGCUCCGCCCUCAUUCUGGACGUGUUCUUUCUGAUGUCGGGUUUCGUCUUGGCGUACAACUUCCUGAAGAACGACCAACUUUCGCAGACGAUUAAGCAGAAUUCCUUGGGGAAGAACGUGAGAUUGCUCCUCAAGCACAUUCUGCAUCGCUACACUCGCUUCCUGCCUACUGUCCUGGCCACUCUCGUCCUCUCGAGGGCAUCUUUCGUCCUCUUCGACAGCAUCUACUACAGAGACAUGAGACACAAUCUCUCCAUGGAGUCGUCUUGGUGGAUUUGGAAUGUUUUAUUCAUACAGAAUUUUGUGCCUUUCUCAAAAAUGGCAAUUGUAUGGACGUGGUCAAUGGCCAGCGAUAUGCAGUGCUUCAUUCUCUUUCAAAUGCUUCUCUUCAUUUACGUUAAGCAUCCUCGAUUGGCGAAAUAUCUCUUUUGUGCUGCAUUUUCUCUUUCCUUAACGUAUUCCUACAUGACUUUGUUCGACAUGAUCCACAGCGAGCACUUCGACUUCACUUAUCCUUCCUUCAUCUAUCUUGUGGAUAGAUUUUACAUGAAAGCUCACUUUCGGAUCUACACUUACGGUUGCGGAGUCUACAUUGGCCAUCUGUGCCACAGGGCAAUCGGACAGACGGUGAAGAUAUCAGAAAGGGUCAGAAGAACUCUGUGGUUCCUUUUGGCCACGGCCAUUGCGCUCAUCCUGUUCUACAGCGAAGACUACGCGCCAUCCUUCGCGUUGCCCUUCCUCUUCACCUUCGGCAGAGUGGCUUACACGCUGCUUCUGGGCGUGCCGAUCGCCUUCGGCCAGUGGGGCUUCUGCAACUGGAUCAACGCCAUCGGCAAGACGCCCUUCUUCAUGAGGAUGUCCAAGCUCUCCUUCGGCCAGUACAUGUUCCACCCGAUCCUCAUUCACAUCUUCCUGGCCAGCCACAACGACGUCACUUACGCCUCGUUCACGCUGCUCAUCAGUUUUGCCGUCACAGUGGCAAUUAUAACGUACUACUUUGCCACAGCGUUUAAUGUCUUCGUAGAAGCACCACUUAAUCGGUUGUUUGAUGACAUCAUCCGGAUAAAAGAGAAGAGAAGCAAAGAUGAUGAAUAGCAGACAUGGAAAUUAGUAGUUUAAUAUCGUCUUCCUCUAUCAAUAACUUUUCACCCACGAUGAGUAGAAUAUAACUGUUAUUAGAGUAAUAUUGGAAGUGAGAUGCGAUC